AUGGCCAAAGUUAAAGCUGCUAAAGGUUAUAAACACGCUGAGGUGUUCCCUAUGUCAGAGAUCUUGAAGUCUGCAGAUAAAAAGAAAGAAUAUUCCCUUGUAAAACUAAUUGGUUUCGGCGGUUUUGGUUUAAUUUACACAGCCAGACAAGUUGGUUGUUCGCCGGACGAAGAAUAUGUUGCUAAAGUCGAACCCAUUGGUAACGGUCCACUCUUUAACGAAUUCCAUGCUUUACAGAAGAUUGCUAGACCAAAUCUUAUACAAAAUUAUCUAAAAGGUAAACGUUUGACUCAUCUUGCCAUACCGGAAUUCAUAGCAAACGGCGUACAUGAAUAUAAAGGCGUUCAGUAUCGUUUCAUAAUCAUACCUAGAUUAGGAAUCGAUUUGCAAAAGGUUUUAGAAUAUAAUGGAUCUCAUCUCGACGAAUCUACAGUUUAUUGUGUUGCCAAACAAAUGAUAGAUGCUUUAGAGUGUAUCCACCACCAUGGCUACGUCCAUGCCGACCUGAAAGCCGGUAAUAUUUUAUUUGCUGCAGACAGUAAUAAAAUAGAUAAGGUGUAUCUGAUAGACUAUGGUCUGGCUUCGAAGAUAUUUAUAGAUAAGAAACACAAGGUGUAUAAACCAGAGAAGAAGAAUGCUCACAAUGGAACGUUGUUGUAUACCAGUCUAGAUGCGCAUGAAGGUGCUAAUCCAUCCCGAAGAGGAGAUUUACAAAUUCUGGGAUUCUGUAUGUAUGAAUGGCUUACAGGGAGUUUACCUUGGAAGAAAUACUCGGAAAAUAAAGAACAAGUGAAACAUGAGAAGGAAGUGCUUUUACAGAAUCUUUCGAAAAUUCCAUUUGAAACUUUAAGAACUUACUUCAAAACUAUUGAAAAACUAAAAUACGAUGAACAGCCAAACUAUGAAAAGUUACAAUGUCUAUUCCAGGAUGCUUUAAAAAAACAUGGUAAAGGUGGGAAAUUGCUGAUUCCACCAGGUAAACCGUUGGAAAUAAUUUCCAACACUAAAACUGCACCGAAACGAGGUAUUCCUCGUUCUAAAGUUAUUUCGAAACGCAAAAAACUUGAAUAA